GAGAGAGAGGGAGCGGGGGUGAGAUGGGGGUCUCAUCUCUAGCCAGUCUGUUCCCUAAAACAGAAGAGCUGAUGAUCUCCUCUCAGAUCCGCUCUUUUCGUCCUUCUGCAAACUUCCGCCGUGCGUCCAGCAUGCGCGCAGACAAACACCAUGGAUGCGCCACGUGAGGCGGACCGCAGAAACUGAAAGUUUGCCCGUUCAAACCACAGUGACGCCGACCCGCGAACACCCGCGCAACUUUGAGCCUCUUUCUGCUUGUUUUGCGCUCGUCUGACGGACUUGGACUUCCUGGGAUUCCGCGGCGCGUCUUUUAUAUGUCAAACCGAGGAGACGCGUAGGUUUUUUUUUUUUUUUCAGGGUGGUCUGCUGUAACGGAAGGUGAUAUGAAGGUUCUCGGUUGGACCGUAGUUCUCCUCUGCCAGUGGAUCCUCCGGAAGGUCCAGGGGUUGGAAAAACAAGUGGAUUUCUCAGAUCUGGGUCCAGUGGGUUCUGUGAUGAAAACGCAUGGUGUGACAUAUGGCAUGGGCAGAGGCACAACGGGAGGAACAACAGGUGGAGUGGUUAAACCUCCUUACCAAACACGUAUCUUCUCCACCUCCAUUGACCAGACACCAAUGAAAUCCAAGCCACCCACCUACAGUUUCUUUAACCCAUAUGACAGGGUCCAGAACCAGUCCCUGCUCCUGGAUCAGACAGGGUACCGGUCUAAACGUAAGCCAUCACUAAAAACAGCCCUGAAAACCAAGAAGAUCUUCGGAUGGGGGGACUUCUACUUUAACGUCAAGACGAUGAAAUUUAGCUUGUUGGUGACGGGGAAGAUUGUGGACCACAUCAACGGGACGUUCACCGUUUACUUCCGCCACAACUCAUCCAGCUUGGGGAAUGUGUCAGUGAGUAUCGUGCCACCAAGCAAAGUGGUGGAGUUUGAGGUGCUCCACCAGCAGCAGCACCUUCACCCGCACACCCAGCAGGACAUCCAGAUCCAGGAGACUCAGCAGUCAACCAUCGACCCCAAAGAGACGAAGACCUUCAACUGCCGGGUGGAGUAUGAAAAAACCAACAGAUCUAAGAAGCCCAAACCCUGCCUCUAUGAUCCAUCGCAGACCUGCUUCACAGAGCACACCCAGUCCCACGCUGCGUGGCUGUGCGCCAAACCCUUCAAGGUCAUCUGCAUCUUCAUCUCGUUCUUUAGCAUUGAUUACAAGUUGGUUCAAAAAGUGUGUCCGGACUACAACUUCCAGAACGAGCACCCCUACUUUGGAUAAAGUAACAAAACUGAUGUGAAUGGGAAAGGGGAGGGAUUUGGGGAGCAGUGAUGAUAUACUAUUGAUGAUAUUAAUGAUGGAAGUGAUGUUCAUGAAGAAGAAGGGGACAUGAUUUUUUUUUUUUUUUUUUUUUUUGCCUCUGAACCUGUGAAUUGUGGAUUUAAAUCAAAUAUAAUCAGACUCACGGAUGGUUAGAAUAAGGUUGAUUUUUUUUCCCCCUCAAGAUAUUUUUGAACUUAGUAUUUGUUUAGUUUUUUUUUUAAUUCAAUUGUUUUGUGUAAAUACUGUUCUCAACCUCAGCACACUUAUUGUUUUUAGAUAUUUGUUCCUCUGUGUUAUUACUUUUUGCAGUUGGACAGUUUUCUUGAAUCAGUAUGCCCUCUGAGUACAGUGGCUGUGCUUCGCCGUCACUGUAUGGCAGACUUAAUGUUAUGGUAGACUGACUGUUAAUCAUCUUUCUCAGCUCUACGUUUCAAACCUUGACUAUAAGAGAGUUAUAUGUAUGAGAAAUGCUAUGCUGGAUACAAUAUACUGUAUGAAAAAGCACAUUAAAAUUUCCUAAACUGUC